AUGCGAGAGGACUUCCACUGGGAUCUUUGGGACCCAGCCGCAGAUCUCAUGGCUGAGAUGAUCAACAGACUCCAGCUGUACCCAGGACCGACAUAUGACAUAUUAGAGGAACUCAAGAAGCGUGUGGACGCCCACUACCAGGAAAAGAAGCUGGGCUUGGGUAUGAGGCGCGGCUGGCAGGAGCUGACAGAGGUUAGGUACACCAUACUGGGCAAGUGUAAGCUGUAG